UCCCCCUCCUCCCUCCUCUCCCUCUCCGACCAAUUCACCUUCUACGGCCAAUACCACACCCACCGCACAAACAUCCUCAUCCACAUCCUCUGCGUCCCCACAAUCUUCUGGACCUCACUCGUCCUACUAAACAAAAUCCCGGGGGCGCGGUUUGGGAUCGAGGCGCCGUGGGUGUUGGGAGGUGGGGAGGUGAGUUUGGGGUGGGGGAUUGGGGUGGGGUAUGCGCUGUAUUUCGUGUUGUUGGAGCCUGUUGCUGGGGGCAUCUACUUUCCCCUCCUCCUCACCCUCGGCCAAACAGCAACCUCAUUCUCCCACUCCCCUCACUCAACCCCCAUAGCAUCCACCCUCUUCAUUCUCGCCUGGGUCGCGCAAUUCAUCGGGCACGGCGCAUUCGAGGGUCGGGCGCCCGCGUUGCUGGAUAGUUUGUUUCAAAGUUUGGUGUUGGCUGUGUUUUUUGUGUGGAUGGAGGUGUUGUUUGCGCUUGGGUAUCGGAGGGAGUUUAGGAAGGGGUUGGAGGAGAGGAUCCAAGGUGCGGUGGAGAGGUAUAGGGCGGAGAAG